AUGUACGGGGACUUGGGAGGUGGUAGCCGAUACAGUUUACAGGGAGGUGGUAGCCGAUACAAUUUACAGGGAGGUGGUAGCGGAUACAGUUUACAGGGAGGUGGUAGCGGAUACAGUUUACAGGGAGGUGGUAGCGGAUACAGUUUACAGGGAGGUGGUAGCAGAUACAGUUUACAGGGAGGUGGUAGCGGAUUCAGUUUACAGGGAGGUGGUAGCCGAUACAGUUUACAGGGAGGUGGUAGCCGACACAGUUUACAGGGAGGUGGUAGUCAACACAGUUUACAGGAAGGUGGUAGCCGAUACAGUUUACAGGGACGUGGUAGCGGAUUCAGUUUACAGGGAGGUGGUAGCCGAUACAGUUUACAUGGAGGUGGUAGCCGAUACAGUUUACAGGGAGGUGGUAGCGGAUACAGUUUACAGGGAGGUGGUAGCCGAUACAGUUUACAGGGAGGUGGUAGCCGAUACAGUUUACAGGGAGGUGGUAGCGGAUACAGUUUACAGGGAGGUGGUAGUCAACACAGUUUACAGGGAGGUGGUAGCCGAUACAGUUUACAGGGAGGUGGUAGCCGAUACAGUUUACAGGGAGGUGGUAGCGGAUACAGUUUACAGGGAGGUGGUAGCGGAUACAGUUUACAGGGAGGUGGUAGCGGAUACAGUUUACAGGGAGGUGGUAACGGAUUCAGUUUACAGGGAGGUGGUAGCGGAUACAAUGUACAGGGAGGUGGUAGCCGAUACAGUUUACAGGGAGGUGGUAGCGGAUUCAGUUUACAGGGAGGUGGUAGCGGAUACAGUUUACAGGGAGGUGGUAGCCGAUACAGUUUACAGGGAGGUGGUAGCCGAUACAGUUUACAGGGAGGUGGUAGAGGAUACAGUUUACAGGGAGGUGGUAGCGGAUACAGUUUACAGGGAGGUGGUAGCGGAUACAGUUUACAGGGAGGCGGUAGCCGAUACAGUUUACAGGGAGGUGGUAGCGGAUACAGUUUACAGGGAGGUGGAAGCGGAUACAGUUUACAGGGAGGUGGUAGCCGAUACAGUUUACAGGGAGGUGGUAGCGGAUACAGUUUACAGGGAGGUGGUAGCAGAUACAGUUUACAGGGAGGUGGUAGCGGAUUCAGUUUACAGGGAGGUGGUAGCCGAUACAGUUUACAGGGAGGUGGUAGCCGACACAGUUUACAGGGAGGUGGUAGUCAACACAGUUUACAGGAAGGUGGUAGCCGAUACAGUUUACAGGGACGUGGUAGCGGAUUCAGUUUACAGGGAGGUGGUAGCCGAUACAGUUUACAUGGAGGUGGUAGCCGAUACAGUUUACAGGGAGGUGGUAGCGGAUACAGUUUACAGGGAGGUGGUAGCCGAUACAGUUUACAGGGAGGUGGUAGCGGAUACAGUUUACAGGGAGGUGGUAGUCAACACAGUUUACAGGGAGGUGGUAGCCGAUACAGUUUACAGGGAGGUGGUAGCCGAUACAGUUUACAGGGAGGUGGUAGCGGAUACAGUUUACAGGGAGGUGGUAGCGGAUACAGUUUACAGGGAGGUGGUAGCGGAUACAGUUUACAGGGAGGUGGUAACGGAUUCAGUUUACAGGGAGGUGGUAGCGGAUACAAUGUACAGGGAGGUGGUAGCCGAUACAGUUUACAGGGAGGUUGUAGCGGAUUCAGUUUACAGGGAGGUGGUAGCGGAUACAGUUUACAGGGAGGUGGUAGCCGAUACAGUUUACAGGGAGGUGGUAGCCGAUACAGUUUACAGGGAGGUGGUAGAGGAUACAGUUUACAGGGAGGUGGUAGCGGAUACAGUUUACAGGGAGGUGGUAGCGGAUACAGUUUACAGGGAGGCGGUAGCCGAUACAGUUUACAGGGAGGUGGUAGCGGAUACAGUUUACAGGGAGGUGGAAGCGGAUACAGUUUACAGGGACGUGGUAGCGGAUACAGUUUACAGGGAGGUGGUAGCGGAUACAGUUUACAGGGAGGUGGUAGCGGAUACAGUUUACAGGGAGGUGGUAGAGGAUACAGUUUACAGGGAGGUGGUAGCGGAUACAGUUUACAGGGAGGUGGUAGCCGAUACAGUUUACAGGGAGGUGGUAGCCGAUACAGUUUACAGGGAGGUGGUAGCGGAUACAGUUUACAGGGAGGUGGUAGCCGAUACAGUUUACAGGGAGGUGGUAGCGGAUACAGUUUACAGGGAGGUGGUAGCCGAUACAGUUUACAGGGACGUGGUAGACGACACAGUUUACAGGGAGGUGGCAGCGGAUACAGUUUACAGGGACGUGGUAGCCGACACAGUUUACAGGGAGGUGGCAGACGAUACAGUUUACAGGGAGGUGGUAGCCGAUACAAUCCGUUAUUAGUCACUGGUGUUUUUGGGGAAUUCUUACUUCGAAAGUCUAUUACUAUUACUAGUUUUCUGCACAGUGAUAAUUAAUAAGCUGUCUUUCCAAUGUCUUGCUUAUUGGUGUUUUCAUUGAAAAGUAGUCUGCGGCAUCAUAAGCAACCCUCACUCUUGAGGACAUAUUUGCCACUGUUUGAGUUUAAUUCACUGUAGUGUUUGUCUGUAUUUCUAUCAACCUGUAUGUUUAAUGGGCCGGUGUUGUGUGGGUAAUCUUAAAAACACUAUACACCUGGAUAUAUGACAAAGGCACAGUCGUUUUUAGUGGGAUUUCAUAUUUUAGAAUUUCAAUUGUAAUUCUGAAGCUCAUUCGUAUAACUUAAUUUAAUGUGUCAAAUGAAACAACCUGCUUAACUGACAAUGUUAACUACAUCCACUUCAUUCAUAGAGGAAGAGGAACACAGAGGUGUGAAAUAGAUCAACAUACAAAUCAGUCAAAUUUUAAUGAUACAUUAUGAUCAAUAUCUUUACCUUAUUGAAUUCUACACAUAUUGUACCUGCUACAAGCAAUCAUUUUCAGUCAAGAUGAUCAUAUGUUGAUACAUAAAUAUUUCGUCUCCAAAGGUCACUGUAAAUGGUUUUCACGACAUGUUGGAAUUGCACAUGGUCAUCAACAGUAGAUAUGCAUUGUCCUAGAGAUGUAUUCGAACAGAACCGAUUUGGGAUAAGAAUUCAAGACCAGUGGAUCAAAGAUGAAAACUUGGCCUUGCAAUGUAAAUUUUGUUUAACGUCACACGCUAGUCUGUAGGGUGGGUGAUUGAACUGUACAACCCAGACUUAGCCCCCAGUGACUAUUUCCUGUUCCGGCAAAUGAAGACGCUUCGAGGAUGCCGAGGACAUA